AUGGACUGGGGAACUCUGCAGGCUGUUUUAGGAGGUGUAAAUAAGCACUCCACCAGCAUUGGGAAGAUAUGGCUCACAGUCCUGUUCAUCUUCCGUAUCAUGAUCCUGGUUGUGGCUGCAGAGAGAGUCUGGGGAGAUGAGCAACAAGAUUUUGUCUGCAACACACUUCAGCCUGGGUGCAGAAAUGUUUGCUAUGAUCAGUUUUUCCCCAUCUCUCACAUCAGACUCUGGGCCCUGCAGCUGAUCUUUGUCUCCACACCUGCGCUGCUGGUGGCCAUGCAUGUAGCUUACAGGAGGCACGAGAAGAAAAGGCGAUUCAGGAAGGGUGAGAAAAUUGAUAUUGAAGAGCUGAAAAAUGAAAAGUUUCACAUUCGGGGCCCCCUGUGGUGGACAUACACCACCAGCAUCUUCUUCAGGAUUGUCUUUGAAGCAGUCUUCAUGUACAUGUUCUAUUACAUGUACAACGGGUACCAGAUGCCUCGCCUGGUGAAGUGUAAUGCUUGGCCCUGCCCCAACACAGUGGACUGUUUUGUGUCUCGGCCCACUGAGAAAACCACAUUUACUAUUUUCAUGCUUGCUGUGUCUGGGAUCUGCAUGAUGUUGAAUCUGGCUGAAUUGUGUUACCUAGUUUUAAAAGUUUGCAUGAAAGAAUCCAGGAAAACAACAGUUUUAAAAUAAUGCCCCAGUUUCAGGAUUUCCUAGCUCCCAAUUUCCCUCAAAGUUUCUUAGGUGUCAGAAAACAAUCAGCAAUAUUUUCACACUCAAGGAAAAGGAUAAAAAUUAUGUUUAUUGGUGUUUUAAAAAAUGAUCUCUUCCCUGGGAAGCUGCUACAGAGGCAGGUUUUAGAGAUCAUGAGCUAAUUCAGUAUUCCUGUAUCAAACAGAGAGAGCAGCCUUCUGGCAGCAGCUUUUCCAGGUAUGCCUACUGCUGGGAGCAGGUGUUGGGGCAGAGUCACUUUUCAAAAAAUGGGAGGGGAAAGGCUCAGAGAAGGUCCUACUAUCCCAAAGAGAGCCAGGAAUAACAAACACUGUGUCAGCUUCAGAGGUGAGCCAGUAACAAUGGGUUUUGGUCAAAGGUGGGGUGAAGGGUUUUUGGGGGAGACUUGUGUCUUGUGACAAGGAAGAAGACAGGGAGGUGAUUGUGUUUGCAGCAGGUGUCCUGUUCUCUAAAGAUUCUGAAGAGCAAGGAAAAGGCCUAAGAACAGAGGUACUACAUGGCAAUUUAUGCUGCCAGCUCUGCUGGGCAGCAGCAAUGGUUUUUAUCUUUUUUUUUUCUCCUCAUUUGCACUGAGGAGCAUCUCCUACAGGGUCGGGAGGUGGCCAGUCUCAGCUGCCUGUGAAUGUCAUUACGUCAGGGCUGUUUCCCUCCACUCAGGGGCUGCACAAGUGGGAGGAAUGAAGUUCAUCUUUUUCAUUCCCUUGGUCAGGGGAAAAAAAGGAUUGUCACCUUUGAGAAAGUGAAGGUAGUGCCAUUGACUUCCUCCUCUUUUUCUCCCCCAACACUUUGUGAAGAAUCUCAGUACAGUACAUUUUAGUUGAUUAAGAGAAUUUUACCACCCGACAAAGCCUCCUUCAGCUGUGUACCUUUAAAAGUUGUUGGGUUUUUUUUCAGUAACCACCAAGAAAACUUGCCUUGUUUAAUUCUGUUUGUUAUCCAAAAGAAGUGCUUCACCUUAAAGCAUAAUGCAGUUGCGUCUACCCAUGCUCCUUCCGUAUCUGAGGUAACUUUCAAGUGAGUCCCUCAAACCACUCCCAAUCUUUCUGGCAUUCCACGUUGUGAGACUGAAUCACCCUUCCUCUUCUUACAGUAGGUCUAGCAGGAAUUACAGACAGCUUACACACCUACCACAGCAAAGGGACCCAAUCAGAAAGGAGGAACUUGAUACUUUUCUCAAAGUUCACAUUGCUGAGCCUUGAAUUGUAUCUUACUAACUUGAAGAACUACAUGAGUCAGUCUGGUCUUGCCUGUCCAAAGUAGUCUCAAAACAUGUUUUUUUGCCUGUUACAGGCAGCUACACCAGUGCAUACAGCAACACAGUUUGUCUCCCAAGUGCCUGCCCACAUUGAACCCACUUCUGGCUAUUUCUCCUCCUUAGCUUUAAUAACUCUCUUUUCCCCAAAAUGGAUGAGCACUAUCUCAGCUUCUCUAUUUGCAUCCAUCUCUUGCUGUACAUUUAAGCUUAUCACUGUUGGAGUAAACAGAGCUGCAUUAAAUCAGACCCAUGACCCCUCACUGUGCACUGGAAGCAGAGCAUAAUCAGGCUGCCAUUGCUUGUGAGCUACCUCCAGCGUUACAACUAGACUGCAGAGGGAAAUCGGUCUUCUAAGGGGGGAGAAAGUAACCCAUAAAAACACCACCCUUGGAACGAGGAUGAACAAAAAGAUGGAAAGUCAUUAAUAAUGAGCUGAACUGGAAACUUGAACUGUGAAAACAUCCUUAAUUCAACUCUAAAGAACAAAGCUUGGCAAAUAUCCGUUUUAUGCUUGGUAAAGUUCCUGCAUUGUUCCAUGUACAAGUACGGAGAGAACAAAGUAUCUACACUCCCACUGCUCUAGUAAUAAAUUUCU